GAGAUUUCGUAGGGCUUUGUGGUAGUCAUUCUGGCAGUGUGCAAAACACAUCUGACAAAGAAGGUGUGGUGCUCUGGUGAUUUGGGGGCAAAGCCUCCGGCAAGCGGAGUUCUAUCUUCACCCUCUGGUCUCUGUGUUCAGGUAAAAUAGCCUAGGCCUAUUAGUUCUUAGGGAAUUCAAAACAUUUCUGACACACCACCAGGCGGCUGCAUCUACCAGACACAGUGGAGAGCUACAAUAGCACAGACCUUUUAUUUGUAAAAAAAAAAAAUAAGCAUCUUGAAACAUGAAAGCGGUCAAGAAAAUAUUCCGUAAAGACAAUCCUGAGUCGGAUGUAGACACCAGUGGUUCUGACCCAGAGGGCUCAGACAUCAACACUUCUAAUCCUAAGACUGAUAUGACCUUACACUUUCAAAACAACUCUCCUGCUGAACAGAUGAUUGCCACUGCCACUGAUUCUGCCCCUGAUCCUGAGAUUAGCAUAGCGUUAGUUUCACCUUUGAAACCAGACCCAGAGUCACUUUCUGAAUCCGCUCCAAAAUCCACAACCAUCCGAAAGAACACUCCGAGCCCUCAACCCAUCAAGGCACUCCAGGGCCUUUUCUCAAAACUGCGUCCACGUUCAGGAGUCAGUUCUGAGUCUGAUGCUCAGUGCUUUGUCGAAGACCCUGUUGACCAGAGCUCAGAGAAAGUUGCCCAGCCUGAUGGAGAAAUUUCUCAAGUAACAUAUACUCAAGAACAGUCCGACAGUUGUAUAAAAUCAGACUGCCAUGAAGAAAUGACACCUGAAAUUUAUGCAGACUAUGCGGAGGCUAGCAGAGAAGCCAUGGGUGUCUCUACAGACACUAUGGAGCAGCAAAAGACAGAAGAGGCGUCCAGCAAGAGUAAGGGAUUCCUAAAGCUUCCCUACAUCUCAACGGGAUCUGAGGAUAUACUCCAAAAUGGACCUGGGGCUUCAGAUCAAGAAAACACAUCGGACGAAAUAAGCCGAGAGCCACUGGAAAUAAAGAUGAAUGUUUGUGCUACAAUCAAGAGGAACAUUUUGCCAUCCAUCUUGUGUGGCUCCUCUAAAACAGGCCCAGGGCCGGAGCAGGAGGGGAAGAUACAAGGCAAGAUAAAAAACUUUGUGCGGUCCACAUUAGGAAAAAAGGAGCCUCAAAAAACCACACGUACUUCUGCAAAGACAUCACAGACUGAGACACAUCCAUCACCAGCUUUAGUGGACGACAAGGGAGGAAACACAGAGGAUGAGCUGAGUAAGACCCUGGCAUUGAAGGCAGGCUCAGACAGGACCCAAGUCAGGAGGCAUGUAUCCAAGGAGGCCGUGCGAAAGAAACCUCACCAUCCUAUGCAACAGCCCAGUAACACCAAAACUAGAGAACUGCCCUCGAAGCCGCAGUCUGUGAAUGUGGGGGACUCACACAAAGACCAAAGUGCCUCAGUGCCACCUGUAGGACCAGCGGAGCACCGAAACAAAAGGCAUAGUGUCACACAGUCGCAGUCUACCAGACGAAACACAAGGCAUAGUGUCACACGGUCGCAGUCCACUAGACGAAACACAAGGCACCCAGCCCAAGAAUCAAGUGCUGGCAUCCAUACCACCAGAGAUACCUCAAAACAUGCCUUUGAGAGUCGCACUGAACCAUCAGGGAAACCUCAUCCUUCAGUGGCUUCUAACAGAGCCCAAGCAAAGGACAUCAAUAAACAAACUCAACAAGACAGAGAGACACAAGAAUCAAACAGGGCCACGACCAGGAAAAGCACAACUAUUGAAAAAACAGAGAGAACAUAUCCUCCAACAGCGUCAGGUACCGUCACGAACAGAAGACAAAAGUCUGUGUCCAGUGACACUACAACAAAUCAGUCUCAGCCGUCUAGGUCAGAAUCACGCAAAGAAAGAAACGCUGGAUCCACUGAAAUCCCACUGAGAAAACCAUCCAUCUCAGACAGGGCCCAGUCCAUGGAAUCAACUAAGCGACGAAACUCUACAUUCAAUGCAGCUCAAGCUCACAAGCCAGUAAAAAAACCAAGCAAAGACCAGACCAACCACAGCAGCAGCAGACGAAAGACCAGUACCGCUGAGGAGGGACACAGCAGCACUCAGAGGUCAGCAGCAGACAGCAUGGUGCAAAGUCCAGCUGUACAGGACAAGGGACAAAAGUUGCGGCAGGAAGAUUCAGGCAGAGUCAAGGACAAUGAAAGGAGGCGUAGCAGUGCAGGGAAAACCAAGCCAGCACCAGCAGAUCAAGACACAGCAGGGAAAACCAAGCCAGCACCAGCAGAUCAAGACACAGCAGGGAAAACCAAGCCAGCACCAGCAGAUCAAGACACAGCAGGGAAAACCAAGCCAGCACCAGCAGAUCAAGACACAGCAGAAGCCAAAGCUCAAGGCCCGUCAUCAAAGAAAAAGCCGGCCAGUGCUUCUGCCAAAAACCAAAACCAGCACGCUGAGGACCUGGCAACAGUUGUUCCAGACAACAGGCAAGUGGGAUUGAGAGGGAGCAAAGAAAGGAACACUAUGUUAUGCAGUAAGACCACAGAUACUAAGACCACUGAGUCAUGUCAACACCAAAACAUGAUCAAUAACAAAACGAUAGAGAGUGAAGACAUGGAGGAACAGCAGGAGAUUCUGAAUUUGGUGGCUCCGCAGAUGCCCACCGUGACAAGGUUGACCUGCUGCAUUGACAAAAAGGAAAAUCAAGAACCAGUGAUUGUCAUCAACACAAAUGAUCUUGAGAGGGAUGUUGAGCAUGCAAAGGAUGGAGGAGUUUUUGUGUCAGAUGAAUCACCAAAAGUGGCACAGAUUAAGGAACAUGACCAAAAGAGAUUCCAGCAACCCGAUGAGAGAACCAGUAUGAUAUUAAACAAAAUUGCCCAGGUUGAACCAUCAGAAUCACAAAGAACCAAAGUUGAGGAAUGUUCUGAGGGCCACUCAAAAGAGCUCCACCCGCCAGAAGAUUCAAACAGAGUCGAGGAGAGGAACAAGAAAAGCACCUAUAUGCAAGAUGAUGUUGCCCAAGGCGGGUAUCACAAACCAAUAAGUUUAGAGCCAUAUGAACACCAAAAGUCUAUAUGUUUCAAUAACAGAAAAAUAGAUAACCCAGAGGAGCAACUGGAGAAUCUGAGGCCGGGGCAAGCACAGUCAGAAUCCAAGGCUCAGAUGGAAUCACCUAAGUCACCUUCUCUGACCUGCUCCUCUGACCAAAGUCAUCAGGUUUUGGACAGUGAUACUGACCAUGUAGAGCACCCAGCUGAGAUUCCAUUAGUAGAUGGCCCAGAGGAACCACUGAUUGAGACUCAGACUAAAGUGUCCAUACCUGAGAAGUUAACUACAGACCCCGCAGACCUCAUCACUGUGACCAACCUCAGCUUCACUUGGGACACAGACAGCAUCACCAAAAAUCCAGAAGAGAUCCAACUGGUCUACAACAACACUGAUGAUGAUGUGUCCAUACCUGAGCAGUUAACCGAUCCUGCUGACCUCAGCUCCUCUCCGGACACAGAAGACAGCCAGACAAAACAAGCAGAGUUCCAACUGGUCGACAGGGCUGACGAUGAUGUGUCGAUUCCUGAGCAGUUAUCCACAGAUCCUGCUGACUUCAUCACUGUGUCUGAUCUCUCCACUGUGGGCACAGAAGACAUCCCGACAAAACCAGAAGAGAUUCAGCUGGUCCAAGACAGUGUUGAUGAUGAUGUGUCCCUAUCAGAGAAGUUCACCACGGAUCCUACAGUCAUUGGGACUGACCUUAGCUCCACUGUGGACAGAGAAGACAUCCAGAUAAAACCAGAAGAGAUCCAGCUGAUCCAAGAUGCUGUUGAUGAUGAUGUGUCCAUUGCUCAGCAGUUGACCACAGAUUCUACUGACUUCAUCACUGUGACCAACUGCAGCUCCACCCUGGACACAGAAGACAUGAACACAAACCAAGAAGAGAUCCAACUGAUUGAGGAGAGUGCUGAUGAUGAUGUAUCCAUACCUGAGCAGUUCACUACAGACCCUGCCAGCUUCAUCAUUGUGACCGAUCAUAGCUCCCCUAUUGAGACAAAUGACAUCAACACAAAGCCAGAAGAAAUUCAACGGGUACAGGACAGUGUGGAUGAUCAUGAGGGGUCCCAAGGCACCCAAGAUAAAUACAGCAUGAUAAACAGCGAACAUGCUCAGACGGAUCUGCCAAAACCAGCACAAGAACCAGAAAUAGUAGAGGCUGAAGACAGUCUCAAUGAGGACAGCCUUGUGACACCAGAAGACCAGCUAGGACUUGAGAAAUACAAUGUGAUUCAGAAUGAGGUGUCCCAGGAUAGAAUGCAGAGCCCAUUAACAACUAAGUCACGUAGAGUGCAAUUCACAGACAGUAUCAGAAUAGGAACUAAAUCCAUGAAAGAUCUACACGAAGAUCAGGAGGACAUAUCAAAAAGAAGGCCCACCAGCUUUCAUGACCAAAAGCAGAACCAGACCACUUUCAUUCCAUGCAAGCUUCCAGCAGUUACUUGCUCUCUUGCCACCAGCUCUGCAGCCCAGGUGAAGUCACUAGCGCUGAUACAGCCAUCAAAAAGAGCCAAGGGUCUUCAUGGGAUGUCAACAGAAAAGAAACCUGGACUUCUUGACCAGAACCAGUCACCUGUUAUCGCCUGUUAUCGCAUUGACCAUACUGUGGAUCCAACUCUAGCUGCACAGGAGUUUUCAUACAGUUCUGCUGGAUUCAACACCACCACAGUCCUCAGGUCCUUUCAAGAGGUCCACGUGAAACUGCAAAGAGGCAAGAAGAGAAAUGGUAUGGAACUCAGUAAAGCAGUCCAGGGUAAGACAUUAAAGCCAAUACAACAGUCACAAAAAGCCCAACCCAAGGACAGCAGCAGAAGGAACAGCAGCAAAAAAAGCACUUCAAUUACUGAGGAUCGUCCAAAAAGAUCUUAUCAACCCAUUGAAGAUAACAAAAGAAGUAAGCUGGUACAAAGUGAAGUUUUCCAACAUGGAUCCAACAUGUGUGUACACUCAGAGUCACCUGAUGAGCAACCAACUGACACUAACGGUAUGAAGGAGUCUAAAACCAUGAAGAAUCAGCAGGGGAUGCCCAAGCCAGUUCCAGUGAACCUAAGAAGAAUAAAAGUCAAGCCAUCCAUGGAAAGAAUAACCACGUUAGAUGACAAAAAGGAAGAAAGAGAACCAGUUAUAAUCAGCAACACUGGAGACCUAUACAGUGGCAUUGACCAUGCUAAAGACCUGGAUACAGUUACUCCAAGUGAACCUCUGACAGAGGCACAGAUGAAUGGGUUCAGAGCCAUAUUUGACCUGUUCACCAAAGAUGAUACAGGAUUUAUCAGUACCACUGGAUUUACCACCACCCUGAACACAAUAGGCAUCACUCUCAAACCUGCAGACAUUCGUCUGGCCCUGAAGAAAGCUGGAUGCAAUGAGGAUGGACUGGUGGGGUUCCAAGGCUUUGUCUCUGUGCUGACAGACACCCGACAUUUCUCAAAGUGUGUCAAUGAGCCUGAGGAUAUCACAGUAACAGUGUUCUACAAAGCCAUAACCAAGAUGCUGGACUCUGGAAUGCUACCUGUAAGCACAAGAGAUGAGAUAUUGAAGUACUACCAUAACAAAACACAGCGUCUGAUUCACAGAGCGGGACGUCCACGUGACGCUGGGGGUCACGUCCUCACGUACUACUCAAAAGUGGCUCAUCUCCUGGGUUUGAGCAGGCACCAGCUUCUCAAUUACAUCAAGCCUGCUGCUGAGACAGAUCAGAGGAACCCAUACCUUCAGAAGCCCUGCCUGAGUAGCACAAACCCGACAAGCACUCCUUAAACCAUCCACACUCCCCCAGCUGGGCCACGGCCAACCUGACAAGAGCUGGAGGACAAUAGAGAUUGAAGACCGCAUCAGACAGGUGGUGCUAUUAUCUGUCAAUCAAGCACCCAGGGGCAGACACCAUGGAAAUGAUCACUCCUGUCAAGAUUGAAGUCAACCUCACACUGCAAGAGAGGAAACAUCUCAGCUUUGAGGAGAUUGAUCACAUAAACUUGGAGUGUCGUGGUGGUGUGCGGAGGUUCCGGUACGACUUAACCAACAACUUAGUACAAGCGUUGGGACUCGCGGAGCUCCGGGGGCUCCCUGCAGCCCUACUACCGGCUCCUGCACCGGCGCCACCUGAGCUUCAACGACGUCUUCAGCACCUACUCCUGGUCCUGGAGCGCCGCCGCCGCCAACAUGGUGGAGCCGACAGAACUGAUCCGGGAACCCCCGCACUUCUCUGCGCAGACGCCUGCUUUGAGAGAGCCCGACCUCAUUCCCAAAAACGGCCACACGAGUCCCCAAGCACCUGCCCUAUCCGGAGAGCCGCGCGUGUCGUUACCGCGUCUCAAAGCGAGCCAGAGGAGCGGCCCCUGUCUGGUGCGCACCUGCAUGAAGACCCAGCUAUGAUCUCCAGUUCCCCACCUGCAUUCUGCCUUUGAUACCAAAGUUAUGCUAAAUAAAUAUA